CAGACUGGAAGGAAGGCAGGCAGUGAGACAGGCGCUGCUCCAGUUUCACCAAACCUCAAGUUAUCUUGAUGACUCCACAGUUUUGACACGUUUCUGAUUGAAUCAUCUUGCUCGCAGAUGGAUGCGCGCGGUGCCAAGAAAACAUGGCUCGUCGCGUGCUAUUUUGCGCUGUUCACUUGUUUCUUGGACGCAGUCUGGGGACAGAUACGAUACUCAAUCCCAGAGGAACUGGAGCACGGAGCUUUUGUUGGAAACAUUGCGGAGGACUUGGGAUUGGAUUUGAACAAACUCUCCGCGCGCAGAUUCCGGAUAGUGUCGGGUUCCAAAAAGCAAUACGUGGAGGUGAACCUGGAAAACGGGGUUUUGUUUGUGAAUGAAAGAAUCGAUCGAGAGGAACUGUGCGAGCAGAGUUCUUCUUGCUCUUUUCACCUGCAAGUGGUCAUAGAAAACCCUCUGGAACUGUACAGGGUGGAGAUUGAGAUUUUGGAUGUAAAUGAUAACCCUCCCAGUUUCCCAUGGACAGAGUUUAAUCUGGAUAUAUCGGAGUCUGCUGCCCCAGGAUCCCGCUUUCCUCUGGAGAGCGCACAAGAUUUGGACGUUGGCUCCAACUCGCUGCGCACCUAUUUGCUGAGCGUAAAUGAGCAUUUUUACUUGGACAUUCAGACGCGCAGUGAUGGCAGUAAAUUUGCAGAACUCGUCCUGCAAGCUCCUCUGGACAGGGAGCAGCAGAGCGCGCAUCAGAUGGUGCUCACCGCAGUGGACGGAGGCGCACCGGAGAGAUCUGGCACUGCGCAGAUUGACAUAACCGUUUUGGAUGCGAACGACAACGCGCCAGUUUUUGAUCAGUCUUUUUACAGAGUCCGACUCGCUGAAAACGCGCCAAAAGGCACAAUUGUGAUCAAACUUAACGCGUCUGAUUUGGAUGAGGGUCCCAACGCUGACAUCACUUACUCUUUCAGCGGACACGCUCCCAUCAAGGUGCGCCAGCUUUUCAGCGUGGACCCGCACACGGGAGAAAUCAAAGUAAAAGGAGUGAUUGAUUAUGAAAAAUCCAGAAUGCAUGAAAUUUACGUCCAAGCCAAAGAUAAAGGCCCGUCUGCUGUAGCAGUGCAUUGCAAAGUGCUGGUGAACGUCCUGGAUAAAAACGACAACCUUCCAGAGGUGAUCCUCACCUCGGUGUCUACACCUGUGCUGGAAGAUGCGCCCCCCGGGACGGUCAUAGCCGUCAUCAGCGUGGUGGACAAAGACUCAGGUGAAAAUGGGAACGUGGACUGUGAGAUUCCUCAUCACGUCCCGUUUCAGCUACAUUCAUCCUUUAAGAACUACUACACUUUAGUAACUUCGGAUUUCCUGGACAGAGAAGCGAUCGCAGACUACAACAUCACCCUGACCGCGCGUGACGCGGGUUCUCCACCUUUGUUCACGAGGAAAAAUAUAAUUGUCCAGGUGUCUGACGUGAAUGACAACGCACCUCGCUUCAAACAGCCGUCCUACACGGUGUAUUUGACUGAGAAUAACGCGCCAGGAGCAUCGAUCUGCUCUGUGACUGCUGUGGAUCCAGAUUCUGGCCAGAAUGCGUAUUUGUCCUAUUCUAUCCUAGAGGGGAAUAUACAGGGGAUGCCGGUAUCCACGUACGUUUCCAUAAACUCAGACAGUGGAAACAUUUACGCACUACGAUCCUUCGACCACGAGCAGCUGAAAAACUUUCAGAUCACAGUUCAGGCGCAAGACGCGGGUUUCCCGCCUCUCGGCAGCAACGUCUCAGUGAACAUCUUUAUUUUAGACCAAAAUGAUAACGCGCCAAUUAUCGUGUCCCCCGUUGCGCAAAAUGGCACCGCGCCUUAUGAAGUUGUGCCAAAGUCUGUGGACGCCGGAUAUCUGGUCACUAAAAUCCGUGCAGUGGACGCAGACGCAGGUCAAAACUCGCGUCUGUUUUACCAGCUGCUCCAAGCGACAGACCCGAGCUUGUUCAGCAUCGCUCUGUACACUGGAGAGGUCAGAACGAUCCGCCAGUUAGAGGAGGAGGAGCCCACGAGGCACAGACUGGUCAUCCUGGUCAAGGACAAUGGUCAACCCCCCCUGUCGGCCACAGUUUCCAUCAUUCUGUCAGUGGUUGACAGCCUGCCAGAUUCGCAGGCCGGUCUGGGUGACCUGUCCUUGAGCCCGCAUCACAGCUCCAACCUCACUCUCUACUUAAUCGUGGCUCUGGGCGCGAUUUCCUUCACGUCUCUGCUGGCUAUCUUCGUCCUCGUGGUUGUGAGGAGACUGAAGGGCAAGCCGUCAAACAUAGAGUCCGGGUUCCCCUCCAUCCGCUGCCGCUGCUGCUGUGCGCGCUCGGAGGAGACCACCACCACAGAAGUGUUUAAGAAGACCAACCUAAACGUCCGCAUGUCAGCGGGCGCGCCAGGCUGCGCAGAGGCCACCGGCACCGGCGCUUUGUCUCAGGUUUACUGCUACAAAAUGUGCCUGACGCCGGAAUCAUCCAAGAGUGACUUCAUGUUCCUGAAGCCGUGCAGUCCGGUGCUGUCAGUCCAGCAGAACAACGCCAAGAGCACAGACUACCUGACCUCAGGCUGGAGCACGCUGGAUCGGAAUGAGCUGACCAACAACAGGGAAACAAGCCCAAACGAGUUCAAGUAUUCAAACAAGGACUGGACAUUGACCAAAAACCAGCGUAACUCAGCUUACAAGAGGUAUAGUGCUGCAAACAUGGAGGCCACACUUACCCGGCAACAGAGAUGUGACAACGAUGGGUUUUCCUGUUCUGUGGCACAACAGUACUGGACCUGGGGAAACCACAUAAAUGAUUGUAAGAGAUCCCUUCAAGAAGGAGGAGUUCCAAAUGCUUUGUGGACUCCAAAAUGCCCCCAGCCUCUCUCCGAAUCACCCGACUAUCAGCACAACGUCUACAUUCCCGGCACCACGUCUGGCUACAGCACCCUGAAGCUGACACCCAGAGGAGAGCUGGACAUGUACAACACCUUCUCAACUUUUGGGAAGAAAAAGAAAUUCAUCUCAAACUAUGAACCGUCUCUGGAUGGAGAUGAUGGCAUCAUAACCAAUUCCAUUUUCAGAUAAGAAGUCAGCUUCUGCUCAUAGAUUGGGAAUGAGGUUAUAGCAAACCACAGAUUAAUGUAUGUACAUUUACAUCGAUCUUUAUUUAUAAUACGAUACUGUAAAUAGGCUGUGAAUUAAAAAAAAAGCUUCAUGCUGAAUUUUAUACUUGGAAUUUGAGUUAUACUGCAUGAAAUAACAAUAGAAAUCGUAUCUACUACUUUGGCUCCAUCAGGACAAUUUUUGAUGACAGACAGUUAAACUGAUGUGAUGUAAAUCAAAGCUGAGGUCAUCUGUGUUGCCUGUCUCCUCCUGUCAAUUUUUUUUCAUAUUCUCUCCUGUCAAGCAUGAUAUUUGUGUGUGUGAAAAACCAACAAACCAAACAAAAUGCCUUUCAAAAGUUCCAAAAGUUAACUAUCCAUCAUUGAUUAAUUUAAAGCUAAUUGGUUAUUCUGAUAAAAAAAAAUACUACAUACGCAACAUGUGCAAUUUUGAGUGAUAAAGAUUCGUGCUGCAUCCAAACCUUUUGCUUGUACUUGAUCACACUGACUCAUCAUGAUUAUCUAAUGACGGUUUUUUAAAGGUUAGAAACUAAAGUAAACAGAUAUGACACUGUUGUAAAUGAAUCCCAGACAGCAGGAGAUGAUUUUCAAAAGACAUUUUUGCCACCUGCUAGAUACUCUUUCAUAUUAACACUAGAUAUUUAUGUAUAUUUAGCAGGGGUUGAUGUAAAGUAUUCACAUCCAUAUCCAUCUGCUUGCUUUUUUCAUUUUUGUCCUAGUAGAUCAGCUUUGUCUUUUCUCCUUCUUUGAUAAUUUGUUCCUGAAGAAGUGAAAUAAACUCAAAUUCAACCGCA